AUGAAUUCAACGAAGUUACGUGCAAUAUCGCUGCGUUUGCAUGAACACGUCAGUCGAUCACGAUGUCAAACUAUCCACUACCAUCCGUAUAUCACUGUGGGCGAUCAUGUCCGGCGACUGUACACGGGAAAAUCCGGCAAUAACCGCAAUUCAACAACACGCCGCGUGUUGUUUGCAAACACUCAUCGGACACUGUCCAAAGUGUCCUACUUCACCUACCCAUAUUGGCGAUUUGAUCUCCAAUCAAUUCGAUUAAAUAUCGCACUAAAAAGGUCGCUGAUUCGUCAUUUAGAUUCCGGGUGGAGGUAUGCCGAAGUGUUCGAGAAUGCAGUAAAGAAAUAUCCCGACAAACCUUUGCUGGAGUUUGCGGACAUUGUAUACACGUAUGCUGACCUUGAUGUGCUGUCUAACAAGUUCGCGAACUUUGCUCAACAACAAGGCCUGCGAACUGGGGAUACAGUUGCCAUAAUGAUGCAUAACGAGCCAGCCUUUCUCUGGACACUGUUCGGAUUAACCAAAAUUGGUGUAAAAUGUGCUGUGAUCAACUACAAUGUUAAGAGCGAUUCACUGUUUAAUUGUCUAGACGUAGUGCGUACUAAAGUAGUGCUACUGGGCGCAGUUUGCUCUGACGAUCUCUUCAAAGCAGUAGAAGGUAUUUCGACUCAGCUAGAAAAUAGCGGUAUACACGUGUGGGAAGUGUGUGAAGAUGUACUUCCACCUGGUGGUGCUCAGUCUCGGUUAGUAAGGUCUGUCGGUAGCGAAAUAAGUCGCGCUUCAGAAGGUGCUAUACCAAAAGAUGUCCGCAGCGGGAUCAAACGAGAUGAUGUCUGUCUCUACGUGUUUACAUCCGGCACCUCUGGUAAUCGACCUAAGGCUGCAAGAGUCAUUCAUCAGAGAAUGGUAGCUAAAGCGAUAGCCAAUGUCAUAUUCCAGCAUACGUCACACAGUGAUCGAGUCUAUGUUUGUCUUCCUUUAUAUCAUGGUACGUCCCUGAUGAUGGGACUCACAAAUAUACUGUCCGUGGGUGCAACACUCAUACUGGCUCCUCGAUUUUCAAGCACCAGCUUUUGGCAAGAUAUUGUCAAGUACCAAGCAACAUCUUUCAUACAUGCCGGGGAAAUAUGCAGAUAUCUGCUAGCCAUGAGUAAGAGCGACUAUGAGCGCAGACACAAACUAUCAUCACUGAUGGGCAACGGGCUUGGAAAGGAUAUAAUGAAACGUUUCCAAGAAAGAUUUAAUAUACCACAAAUAAUCGAAGUAUAUGGUGCAACUGAAUCGACAUUUAUGAGUAUAAACACGGACAAUACACCCGGUGCACUCGGCAAGUAUUCGCCUUUGAUGAAGAAACUCCGUGGUUUUUGGUUGAUAAAAUAUGACACUGAAUUAGCCAAACCAGUGCGAGACGGGGACGGAAAAUGUGUUCCUGUGAAAUUGGAUGAGCCCGGCUUACUAAUAAGUCCGUUGGAAGGAGUUGGUGCCAAAUAUAUGGGCUAUGAAGGCGAUCCGGAGCAGUCGGAGACGAGGAUACUACGGAACGUAUUUCGACCUGGGGAUCAGUAUUAUAACACCGGUGAUCUAUUUGUAUUAGACAGAAAUUAUUAUUUGUAUUUUGCCGAACGCUUAGGCGAUACCUUUAGGUGGAAAGGGGAGAAUGUGGCUACUAAUGAAGUUGCUAACGUUAUUGCGUCAUUUCCGUCUGUCCGUGAAGUUGUUGUAUACGGGGUUACAGUUAAAGAUUAUGACGGCCGUGCUGGAAUGGCCGCAAUCGUUUUAAACAACGACGCAGAUUUCAAUUUGAGAGAUUGCUACGCACACAUUACUGCGCAUCUACCGUUGUACGCAUGUCCACGCUUUAUACGUAUUCGUGAUUCGCUGGAGCUGACAGAAACAUUUAAAUAUAAGAAGUCUAGUCUGGUUAAGGAAGGAUAUGACCCGAAUGUUAUCAACGAACCCAUGUACUACAUGGACUUCAGAAAUAAAACAUUUCUACCUCUCGAUGCGAGGGCGUAUGCGGACAUCGUGUACAACAACAACCCUCGUAUGUAA